AGGCUGGAACGGGGCGCGCAGAGACGAUCGGAGGUCCGCUGCGCUGUCACCGGCAGCCCCGAGCAGGAAUCCGUGAUCAGCGCCAGGCAGCGGGGAGUAGGAUGCUCAUCAUACCCCAGGCAGGGCAUUAAGCGUCACUCGGAAAUUUGGGAUUUGUAACUUGGAUUUCAUUGUUUGCGGUGCGAAAGCCGCGGUGAAUAAAUGACAAAGUGGAUCUAAAGGUGCAGAACCUUUCCGGGGGCUCAGGGGGGCUUCUGCGUUAUUGUGGCAGACCCGUUUAGCCCCAGUGUGGAUGCUUCUGCAGAUGUUGUAGUGGGUGCAUUGCUCGGUGUACCAGGAUGAAGCCUGUCCCAGCCAACUGUGACCAUACAGGGCAGCCCCUGGAGAUCUCCCCCCGUCGUAAGGAGAAGGUAGAGGCGGAUUCGGAGCGCCAGAGGACCCGGGAGCGCCUGGAAGCCACCCUGGCUGGGCUGGGGGAGCUGAGCCAUCUGAGACAUAGGCACGAACUGCUGGUUAAAGCGGCGCUUUGCCCCGAGGUUACCCCGGCCAGGACCGACAAUCCCCGGAGUCUGGAGGAGAAGUUCCUGGAAGAGAACAUCCUGCUGCUGAAGAAGCAAUUGAACUGUUUGAGGAAGCGAGAUGCUGGUCUGUUAAGUCAGCUCCACGAACUGGACAAGCAAAUAAAUGAUUUGAAAAUUGACACAGAAAAGCCUAUUGAGGAACAUCAUGAAACGGAUAGCCGCCCCAGUUCAGGAUUUUAUGAGCUGAGUGAUGGGACGUCGGGAUCACUCUCAAAUUCAUCCAACUCUGUGUUCAGUGAAUGUUUAUCCAGCUGCCAAUCUAGCACCUGCUUUUGCAGUCCUCUGGAAGCAUCAUUAAAUCUCACAGAUGGCCAACCAAAGUCUGCAGAUGACUUUAUGGAAUGGCUGGACUACAGGGAAGGGCAACCUGAAGCAACAGGCACCAUACGACGGUCUUUUUCUACCCCUCAUUCUAAUACAGUGGAAGCUGUUACAGAUGUUAACCCGAAAUAUCAAUGUGACUUGGUUUCCAAAAAUGGGAAUGAUGUCUAUCGCUACCCAAGCCCACUACAUGCUGUAGCAGUACAAAGCCCCAUGUUUCUUCUAUCAAUGAUGGGCAACAUGAAGGAGGAACAGGAUACUGAAUUGAACAUCAGCGAUGGCUGCAUAAAUUCUGAACUAGAAUCUGUAAAUCCAGAGGGAACUCUGCACCAACAUGCUAAUAUGUGCUCAGCAGCUCUUUUGCCCAGUAAAAAGUUGGACGGUUACAUUUUAAGUGUGAUUCAGAAAAAGUCUCAUCCUGUAAGGACUAACAAGCCAAGAACAAGUGUAAAUGCUGACCCAGCUAAGGGUAUUUUAAGACAUGGGAGUAUAUGUGUCAAACAGACUGCUGCUGUUCCUCAUGGUGGAAUCUCUAAUCCGAAGAAUUCUAAGCAAACAUGUUUACAUUCCGCUGGAAUAACCUCUUUGGACAAUGGCACUUGCCCACCUCUGAAACAGUGCUCUAAGGAAUCUCAAAGUGAACAGCUGGAAAGUAAGAGGAUACCGUCAGUCCCAGUUUAUCCGCAAAGUACUAUGAAUGAACUUCAAAGCAAAAGCAGUUUCCGAAAUAACGUGAAGCCUCUGUGUCAAGGGCUGGGAAGGAGCCCUCUACCGGUCCCCUCAAAUAUUCUGAAGGAAAUUAGUUCUGUUCCUGAUGCGCCCCUCAGUCCUCUCAAUAAUACAACUGUUCCCCUAUAUAAUGGAUCUCACAAGGAAGGCCCGCACAACAAUAUACUUGUUCCACAGGAGACCAAAAUUGUUCCACCACCAAAAAGGAUUUCCCCCAAGAACACCGUAAGCUCUUGCCACUCUUCAUCCCAUGAUGAGAGGCCAUCCUUAGACUUUAAAAGCGAAGGGUCAUCAUCUCAAAGUCUAGAUGAAGGACUUCUUGUUAAUGCACAUUACAUACCGGCUCAGCAACAGGGUGUUAAACUCCAUAAAACCACAAAAAAUGUAAAGAUAGUUAAAAGCUCCACUUUAAAACACAGAUCCAAUGUUUGUCAUGUCCUGGAAAAUGGUUCCCAGACACUGAAGGAGAAAGGUAAAGUUACGGGCAAGAAGUGUCGGUUCCCAGAUGACUUGGAUACAAACAAGAAAGUGAGAAAAGUCUCUCCGAGAGGUAAAAAGCCACUUCACGCCCCUGCUGAAAGUGGUGGAGCCAGCAAAAAUAGUGGCACAGCCAGAUCUGGAAACAAGCCACAUGGACAAUCGAAGGAUGUGGUUUUGACCAAACCCAGACACAAGAGGGGUGAUUACCGUAGAUGGAAAUCUUCAGCUGAGAUUUCUUACGAAGAGGCGCUAAGGAGGGCGAGGAGGCGUCAGCAAAGAGAGUUAAUGGGUGUCUACACUCAGGUUCCGCUUCCCUAUGGCAGUCCUUAUGCUUACAUAGCAAGUGAUUCGGAAUAUUCUGCAGAAUGUGAGUCUUUGUUUCAUUCUACGGUUGUAGACACCAGUGAAGAUGAACAGAGCAACUAUACCACAAACUGUUUUGGGGACAGUGAGUCCAGCCUGAGCGAGGUAGAGUUUGUUGGCGAAAGCACAACUUCAAGUGAUACUGACGAAAGUGGUGGGCUUAUAUGGUCCCAGUUUGUAAAUACUCUUCCUAUACAGACAGCCACAGCGGCUGACCUGCAAACCACAGCAAAAGCAUUUGUCAAAAUUAAGGCAUCACACAACCUUAAGAAGAAAAUCCUGCGCUUUCGAUCUGGUUCUUUAAAACUAAUGACAACAGUUUGACAAUUUAAGCUUACCGCAGUACCUACUUGCCACCUAACUCCCCACUCCUCCGCCUUUGUGUAAAUAAUACGGUACCUUUUUUUUUUUGUGCAAAUAUUUAAAGUUUACAUUAACUUAUGUUAACUGACAAACUUCUGCUACUGCCAAAAUUAUCAUGACUCAUGAAAACUUAACAUCAGUUGUCAUUUUGCUUACACUGUGUACUUGAAUAAUCUAAUGGUUAUGCAGACUCUGUUAACGUUACAACGAUGGAAUCUGGACACUAGGUAAAACGGCAUCAACAUCCAUCAUAACAAAUCCGGCCUAAAAGGGGCAACCUUAACUCCUUCUAAUCUGUUUAGUUCUAGAACAUUGUCCUGACAUUCCAUCUGAACCAGCACCUUUUAUUCUUCAGAAGGAAUGGAACAUCUCUGUACAUCUGCUUUCUGUCUAUUCUUCUUGCCAAACGAUUUGGAGACUUGUGUCCUAUCCACAACUUGCCAGAUACUUUUAUUGGCCUCCGUUGGCUAACACUUUGAUUGCCGUUGUCAUGCACAUUAUAUACAUGAAGAACAAUGGUUAGGAAACGCCUCUCUAGUAGGGAUUCUGUGUAUACUAUUAUCACACGCUUUUUAUAUAUUUUGUAAAAUUGUAUAGCACGUUUUACAUGUUAUUAAAUCGUCUGCUUUAAUGUUUAAAUUUAUUAAAUUGAAGAAAACCAAAA